UACUCUUUCUGCUUCGUUAAUACUUGUCUCUCUCACUUAUUUCCUUGCAAUUCCAGUUGUUUUACGAAAAAUGGCCAAUUCUGAUUCUCCAAGUGAUAUGGAUCCAAGUGGCUUAACAUACUUUGAUUACGAGUUAAAUAUCCCUUCCCAAAAUAUAUUACCUAUUAGCCUACGAUUCCAUGCCUUAGCUGAUCUGCUGCUAGACUAUAACACUCUAACCCCUAUUCUUCAUGAAAUUUCUACCCUAUGGAAUACCAGUGCUCUUCAAGCUGUGGCAGAAGAUAAUGGUGGACUAUUACAUCUUUUUGUGGCCACAAGCGAGCAUGUACAACAGCCGGACUUCAUGGAUUUUGUGAGCGCUACAAGUGCAACAGGAAUAUUCGUGCUGCGCUACAAUCAAUUAGUAUUGCCAUUGCGUUCUUGGCGGUUCAGUGUUGGAUAUGAAGUAACUGGAACUUCAUACUUCAAAUUCAAGGUAUAUACAAUAGAUGAUGGGACAAUCAGUGAGUCUGAGAUUGCUCACAUAUUUUCACAAGAUUUGACGCAGACACAUAAUUUUGGUUUCUUUCAAGGUAUAAUGCAGUUGGAAGGGGAAAUUCGGCUUCUUGUUGGGACUCCUGAUCAGCUGAGCAAUCCGUUGGUGAUUGAUGGAAUACGUAAUUUUCAUAAAAAAUUGCGUACUUAUACUUAUCACGGUCAAUAUCGUGAAAGUAAUUCUGGAAUUAGCGAUGAAGAGGCUGCACAGAUUUUGGGAUCGCCCACGUGGUGGAGUGAAGGAUUAGAAGAGGGUGCAGAUGAUGACGAAGUAAUUUGCGCAAUUUGCCUCGACUCAAUUGAAAGAGGCGUGGAAGUAAAAGGUUUGGAAUGCAAGCAUGUGUAUCAUUAUGCAUGCAUUCUGCGCUCAACUAAAAGAAAGGCGCAGUGCCCCUUAUGCCGUGCCAGUUACGAUUACAGGACAGGCCAACCAGAAUAGAAAUUCUCUGCAUUCUAAAAUUUCUAGUUCUUUCAAUAUAUUAUCAUGUAAAACCAAAAAAGAAAAAGUAUGUUAUUUCUGUAGGUUUUCCCAAAACUAUCGAUUCUAUAUGCAAAAUGUAUAUCUUUGUAAAUAUUUUUCUGCAUAUCUUUGUGCUUCGUUAAUGUUGCUCUGUCUCUCUGAGUUAC